CAUCCUCGUCCCAACAUUUUAAACACUGGAUAAAAUCAUAACUCCCUCUUUCUUCCUCAGACCACACAACGCAGAUGGUCACCAGCCAUGAACACACCAGCUUCCAGAUUCUCCCCAUUUUCAUCAUCUACCCAUAGCUUCUCCUCGCCUCCUUCCUCAGCUGCAACCACUUUUGCAGCUUGCAGAGUCAAAGUUGCCCAAUCAAGUCAACCCCCCACCACCACCUCCUCCCUGGUCACCACUACCCCUAACCAGGUAUCAAAUGGGCAUCAACAAGACCAAACUCUUCUCAAUCUUCUCCGGCAGAGGAAAACAGAAGAGGCCUGGGCUGCCUGGCUGGCUUGCACCAGAUCAGAUCAUCUUCCCAACCCCAUUUGCCUUAGCCGCCUGGUCUCACAAUUAUCCUACCAGAACACCCAGGAAGCCCUCACGCGUGCCCAGUCCAUCGUCCGCCGCCUCCAAGCUGAGAACCAGCUCAGCCUCCUCGACGCCAACUCGCUCGGCCUUCUUGCGGUGGCGGCAGCUAAGUCCGGUCAGACUCUGUACGCCGCUUGUAUUAUCAAGUCUAUGCUCAAAUAUGGGUACCUCCCACAUGUCAAAGCCUGGAGCUCUGUAGUCAGCAGGCUUUCCUGCUCUGGCGAUGAUGGCCCCUCCCAGGCUUUGGCUCUAUUUGCCAUAGUCAUCAAAAGGGUCCGACGAAUCUCGGACCCCGAUGUGAUAAAAGACUCCAGGCCUGACACAGCCGCCUAUAACUGCGUGUUGAAUGCCUGUGCAAACCUGGGUGACACUAGGAACUUUUUGCAACUGUUUGAGGGAAUGAGUGAGUUUGGUUGUGAACCGGACGUUUUGACAUACAAUGUGAUGAUGAAGCUUUGUGCUAGAGCUGAUAGGAAAGAUUUGCUUGUGUUUGUACUGGAGAGGAUAAUAGAAAAGGGAAUACCUUUGUGUAUGACAACAUUCCAAUCCCUUGUGGCAGCUUAUGUUGGUUUUGGCGAUCUGGAAACCACAGAAAAGUUGAUUCAGGCCAUGAGAGAAGGGAGGAGAGAUCUCUGCAAGAUGCUAAGGGACGAUGGCUCAACAACUUUGAAUGAGCAACCAGGUUUAAACGAGAGUGACAUGUUCAAGAAGUUACUUCCUAAUUCUGUAAAUUCAGUAGACAAAGAGCCACCAGAGUUACCUCGGGUGUUUAAACCCAAUUCGAGGAUGUAUACCACUUUGAUGAAAGGUUACAUGAAGAUGGGCCGAGUUAAGGAUAUAGUAAGAAUGCUCCAGGCAAUGAGACACCAGGAAGAUACUGCAAGCCAACCGGAUCAUGUGACCUAUACAACUGUUAUUUCUGCUUUUGUGGAACAAGGAUCAAUGGAUCAAGCACGAGAAGUCCUGGAUGAGAUGGCCAGAAUUGGAGUUCCUGCAAACAGAAUCACUUACAACAUUCUCAUUAAAGGGUAUUGCCAGAAAUGCCAGAUAGACAAGGCUGGGGAACUUGUGAAAGAGAUGGUAAAUGGCACUGGGAUAGAACCAGAUGUGGUUUCUUACAACACUCUCAUGGAUGGAUGUAUAUUCGUUGAUGAUAGUUCAGGGGCCCUUUCGUACUUCAAUGAGAUGAGAGCAAGAGGUAUCGGUCCCAAUAAAAUCAGUUAUACAACAUUGAUGAAAGCUUUUGCUUUGGCUGGCCAACCAAAGCUAGCUAACAAGGUGUUUGACGAGAUGGUAAAAGAUCCUAGGAUAAAGGUUGAUUUGGUGGCUUGGAACAUGUUGAUUGAGGCGCAUUGUAAGUUGGGGAAGAUUGAUGAAGCCAAAGCCAUAAUUCAGAAGAUGAAAGACAACGGAACAUUUCCUAAUGUGGCUACGUAUGGGAGUUUAGCUAAUGGGAUUGCAUUGGCUAGGAAGCCUGGAGAAGCACUACUGCUGUGGACUGAAAUAAAGGAGAGAUGUGGGAUUGAAACGGGAAUACACCAACCUAAUCCUUCAGCUGCUCUCCCGCCGCUGAAACCAGAGGCAGGACUUUUGGAGACACUGGCUGAUAUAUGUGUCAGGGCCGCGUUCUUUAGUAGAGCUUUGGAGAUAAUAGCUUUCAUGGAGGAGAAUGGGAUAUCGCCAAAUAAGACAAAGUAUAAAAGGAUAUACGUGGAGAUGCAUUCGCGUAUGUUUACAAGCAAGCAUGCUUCAAGGGCCAGGCAAGAACGGAGAAAAGAUAGGAAAAGAGCAGCAGAGGCUUUCAAGUUUUGGUUGGGAUUGCCUAAUUCUUACUAUGGAAGCGAAUGGCAUCUUGAUUCUGAAUAUGAUAAUUCUGACUCUGCCUAAACCAUAUUAUGCCAGAAGAUGUUGGUGAGAAAAAUAAAAUCAGGAGAUUGUAGCAUGGACAUGUAUGUAUCAUAUUGAAUAUACUAAUACAGUACCAGUAUAUAACUAGUCCUUGAAUUUUGUUUGAAGGGCCUGAUACACUGAUACAUUAAAUUAAAUAUUACAGAGUAACAUUCUCUAUUACAGAAUACUGGGAAUUUGAUAGAAAGAGAGCUAAAUUGUAAAUUUCCAUAGCUAAUAAUCAACCUGGCUAGGU